AUGCCUUCUCGUGCCGCAACACUCAAUCUUCAGGUCCUUAUCCACCCAACUGCAACGGACUUCCUCGAUGCUACCGAGCAUAUUCUCGAGAAAUUCGGUCUUACCUCCAACAUCAUUCUCCCUUUUGCCAUUAAAGUUCGCAAGAACGAAAGGCUUCCUGUCUCUAACGCUCGAGGGGCAGCUUACUGGUCGGCGCCUCAGGCAGCGCCUACGUCUCAGGUACCACGGCAAUUCUGGAUGACGCAGUGGACCUCCCGUGGCGCCAGCUCGGUACCCACCCUCGACUUUGUUCUCGCCCUUACCGAAGGCCUACUUGGUGCUUACCCAGUGUUCUUCUGGUCACCUCACCAGUCAAUCGAAAUGUCUUCUGCAUUCCUAUUCCCUCGUAUUCAAGCAAUUGUUGCUCGUCUCUCCAGAGCGAUCCCCGCUGAGCGGGUCUUUUCUGUUUUCGGUCAAGAACCCGUAGUCAACGCUUUCACCAACGUAUGGACUCAGGUCACUGGCAAAAUUCCCGAACCUGAAGCUUUCUAUGCCGCCAAGUUUUCGUACUGCACUCGCAAGCAUCUCCAGCCUACUCCUCAACUUCCUUCAGGACACGAACUCCGGCUGGCUACCCUUGCCGACCUCGAUCAAUGCGCUCAGCUAUGCAAGGAAUUCGCUGACGACUCUGUAUACUUUCCCCUAUCACUAGAAGGAGGGCGCCAGGAAGCCAAGUCUAUGAUCGAGGCUAAGCAUCUUUGGGUCUAUGCCACUCCCCAAGGCAUUGCCACUAUUGUAGCCUCUACCCGCCGGACUCCUAAUGCAGUCGCAUCGAUUAACAAAGUCUAUACUCCCCCCAAUUUCCGCGGUAAGGGAUGCGCCCAACGCCUGGUGGCCUACGUCACCCGUGUCCUCUUGGACGGCACUGACUGCGCUACUGCGCACGAGGCUGUUGUUCUCUACGUCAGCCAUGGAAAUCCCGCAGCGCGCGUCUACAAUCGGGUCGGCUUCCAGGGUUUGGAUGAUAACUUGCCUCUCCCUCCUUUUGUUGAGAGCUGGCUUGAAACCGGGUUCCAAGCAACCCAGCGUGGUCACUGGUAA